AUGUUGGUAGAUCAUGGCAAAAGCACACUAGCGGAUAGUUUGCAAUUGACAGGCACUAUAAAUAAGCAUCAUUCCCAUAAUCAAGUUUUAGACAAACUCACAGUAGAACGAGAACGAGGUAUCACGAUAAAGGCGCAGACAUGUUCCAUGUUUUAUAAAUAUAACGAUAAACAAUAUUUACUUAAUUUAAUUGACACGCCGGGUCAUGUAGAUUUCAAUUAUGAGGUAUCUCGGUCUCUUGCAGCAUGUCAAGGGACCAUUCUACUAGUUGAUGCAGCUCAGGGGUUACAGGCCCAAACAGUCGCCAACUUCUGGCUAGCAUACAACCAAGAAUUGAGCAUAAUCCCUGUUGUUAAUAAGAUUGACCUUCCAGCUGCAGACACUGAACGAGUAACAAAGCAAAUCCAAAGUACAUUUGAGCUUGACACUGGAAAUAUUGCAUUGAUAUCGGCAAAAACUGGCCUUAAUGUCGACAAAAUUUUGCCAAACGUGAUAGAAAAAAUUCCUCACCCAACUGGAAAUGUAAAGGAGCCUUUGAAAGCGCUUCUUUUUGACUCAUGGUAUGAUACAUAUGUUGGGGUUGUUUGCCUAAUGGCAAUAGUAAAUGGAAAAUUACAAAAAGGCGAUAAGAUUGUCUCGGCAUAUUCAGGACAUAAAUAUGAAGUUGCUGAUAUUGGAAUUAUGCAUCCAGAACAAGUACCAACGGGAUAUCUGUAUGCAUUUGAGCAUGCUGGUCAAGUGGGAUAUGUAAUAUGCAAUAUGAAGGUAGCAGCUGAAGCAUAUAUUGGAGAUACAUUUUAUCAUCUUAAAAGUCCUGUUGAUCCCUUACCGGGAUUUGAACCAGCCAAACCAAUGGUAUUCGCGGGUAUAUUUCCUAUAGACACCAAUGAAUUCACUAAGCUGGAUGAAUCUAUUGCAAAACUAACGUUGAAUGAUGCUAGUGUGUCGGUUCAAAAAGAGACUAGCAUAGCAUUAGGACAAGGCUGGCGUAUUGGAUUUUUAGGAACACUGCAUAUGGAUGUUUUUCAGCAAAGGCUAGAGGAGGAAUAUGACGCUAAUGUCAUAAUUACUCAACCAACUGUACCUUAUAAAAUCAUUUAUCGAGAUGGUACAUCAAAAUUAAUCCGCAAUCCAUCAGAAUUUCCUGAACCAAAUGAAAUGACACACAAAAUAGUCGGACUACAAGAACCAAUGGUUAUGGUGACUGUUAUUGCUCCGGAGGAAUAUAUAGGUUCAAUAAUGGAUCUUUGUGGUUCCCGCAGAGGCGAACAGUUAGAAUAUAACUAUUUAGACGAGACACGAGUUAUUAUGAGAUAUUCUAUGCCAUUGGCUGAAAUUGUAACGGAUUUUCAUGAUGAUUUGAAAUCACGAUCGAGCGGUUAUGCGAGUUUUGAUUAUGAAGACAUGGGAUAUCAACAAUCUGAUAUUGUGAAGAUGAAUGUCAUGAUAAACAGAAAGCCAGUAGAUGCGCUUUCUGCAAUAUUGCACCGCUCUCAAGUAUCAUUUGUUGGGAGAGAAUGGGCAAAGAAAUUGAGUGAAGUUAUACCCAAGCAAUUAUACGAAGUAGUAAUUCAAACAUCAGUUGGUGGAAAAGUUGUGGCUAGAGAAACGAUAUCAGCAAUGCGAAAAAAUGUAACUGCUAAAUGUUAUGGAGGAGAUGUGACCAGGAAAAUGAAAUUACUUGAGAAGCAAAAAGAAGGGAAAAAGAGGAUGAAGAUGAUCGGAAAUAUUGAACUGCCGCAAAAGGCAUUUUAUGAUUUUUUAUCUAAAAAGUCUAGCACAUCUAA